UGUGUGUGUGUGUGAGAGAGAGAGAGGUCUCCUCACUCUUUCCCUGCUGGGAGCGCAGUCCUGAGUGGGGGACCAACAGCACCGACACUAACAGACUUAUUUUAGAGGACGUGGCUGGAGCUACGACAAAACGGAGAGAAUGCUGACAGCUUUGGUAUUUUUGUUCUGCUGCUUCCAGUCUGGGAAGAGUCAGAGGUGCACUGAGGGGUUCACAUACGACUUUCGCUCCAGGCGCUGCAUCGACGUGGACGAGUGUCGCACGGUGCCGGGUGCUUGCCGUGGUGACAUGCAGUGUGUAAAUCAGAACGGAGGUUACCUCUGCCUCCCCCAGAGCCUUUAUUCUCAGCCGUACCCCAGACCCGAGUCUUCUUCCUACACUGAGCCACUGUACCCCGACACCUCGGUGGGCUUUCCUGAGCAUUUUCCUGCUCCUGUCAUCCCCGGUGCUGGGUCCGCUCCAGGGCCGAGUUACCCCAUAGUGGGCCGUCCCUCUGCCCCCUGCAUCCUGGGCUACACGCUCGGAGAGGAUGGCAGCUGUGUUGACAUUGAUGAGUGUGAGGCACAGACACAUCAAUGUAAUCCCACACAGGUGUGUAUAAACACAGCAGGGGGUUACUCCUGCUCCUGCACCGAGGGCUACUGGCUGGUGGCUGGUCAGUGCCAGGAUAUUGAUGAAUGUCGCUAUGGUUACUGCCAGCAGCUCUGUGCGAAUCUGCCAGGAUCUUAUUCCUGCUCUUGCAACCCAGGAUUCAACCUGAAUACUGACAGCAGAACCUGUGAAGAUAUAGACGAGUGUGCGACAAACCCCUGCAGUCACGGAUGCCUGAACUCGUACGGCUCCUUCAUGUGUAACUGCGACGAAGGCUUCGAGCUCGCCUCCGACGGAACUACCUGCAUCGAUGUGGAUGAAUGCAGCUUCUCAGACUUCCUGUGUCAGCACACGUGUUUAAACACUCCAGGCUCAUUCGCGUGCAUGUGUCCGCCUGGCUAUUACGUCUUUGAGGACGGCCGGAGCUGUGAAGACCUCAAUGAAUGUGAGUCUGGUAACAACACGUGUACAACAGCACAAGUGUGUUUCAAUUUCCAGGGAGGGUACACAUGCCUGAACCCCCUCGUAUGUGAACCGCCAUACAUAGAGCUCAGUGACAAUCAGUGUAUGUGUUCGGCAGAGAACCCCGCCUGUCGAGACAGACCCUUCACUGUUCUGUACCGCCACAUGGACCUGUCCUCUGGACGCAGUGUCCCUGCUGAUAUCUUCCAGAUGCAGGCCACUACACGUUACCCCGGGGCUUUCUACAUCUUCCAGAUCAAGUCUGGCAAUGACGGUCGUGAGUUUUACAUGCGGCAAACCAGCAACGUCAGCGCCACGCUGGUCCUCUCUCGGCCAAUUAAAGGACCCAGGACGGUCAUCCUGGACCUGGAAAUGGUCACAGUCAACAACGUCAUCAACUUCCGAGGCAGUUCCAUCAUCCGCCUUACAAUAUUUGUCUCCGAAUAUCCCUUCUGAGACUCUACACAUGACCUCUGACCUUUCACCAUCCCAUCAUGGACUUCCUGUGACCACAUUACCUAUCAGGCAGCUGUAUUUGUUCAUGUCAGCUAAUGUUUUGCAAUAUUUGACUGUUUUACGAUUACGACCAUAAUUUUAGAUCAUUUUUUUAUUUCUGUAAUAGGACUGACACGUCACACCAAAGAGGUGUUUUAUAAAUUCUGCAUCUUGGUAAAGGAAGUCGAUAAAGACGUCUCCCUUCGUAUUGUCCACUUUUACUCUCAUGCAACCAGUCAGAAGGAUAUUUAUGGCUUUUUCCUUGUUCAUGUGAUUCUUUGUGCCUUUCUUUCUCUCUGGGGAUCAUUUCACACAGUUUCCUCAUUCUUACACAGGUUUUUUUUGGGUUUCUUAUUUCUUCUCUGCCACAGCAGCCGGCUGUAAACCCUUAACAAACUGUGAAUUUACAUAAAACCUCCAUAAAGUCUGUGUUUAUUUCAGCUGUCUGUCAUGUCAUGUGUCUCCUAGAUUAUCUGUUGUCUUUCACUUUUUUAUUUGUCGGUGUAAAGAGAGAACCUGGUCAGUUAAAUAAAGAUGAAAAUGAUGAUCUGAAA